GAGCUGCCUGGGCAGCGUGGGGUUCCUGCAGCAGCCACUGCCCUGCCUAACCCCUCCCACGCCCCGUCAUGUUGGCUGGUACCCCCCACCUGUUGACACUGGAUGAAGCUGAUGCCGCCUGGACCCUCAUCAAAGAUAAGGUCACCGAGGAGCGCUUCGGGCCCAAUGUGGUGGCCGUGCCCUUCCUGUCGGACGCAGCCUGCUAUGACCUGCUGGGCGUGCUGGUGAAACAGUCCCGCCCGGCCCACACCCGCCUGGCUCUGCCAGGUCGGCAGGGUCGGCGGGUGCUACAGCCAGUGGGGCCACUGCCGAAUCUCCUGGAGCAGGCCGGGUCUGAGGGCGCCUUUGCCCACUGCACCCGGGAAUACUCACCCGACGGCCGGGCAGAGAUAGCCUAUGAAGAAAUGCGGCUGCUGGACGGGCAGCCCUGCCGGAUCCGCUUACAUAUGGGCGGCCUGCGCAAGAAAGUGGCCUUCCUGCUGCUGCCGCCAGGGCAGGUGGGCCUCCGGCAGACUCUUCCCUGGCUCCGAAGCACCCACAGCAUCUAUGUCAUCUACCAGGUCUUCUCCUGCUCUUGGCUACAGCUGGGGCUGCUGCCCACAGCCCAGGAGCCCCAGCUGCUGCGUUUACAACGGUCACUGCCCAUUGCCUUCUCCUGCCUCAAGUUCUCACUGCAGCCCAAGGGAGUGCUGGGGCCGCAGAAGCCCCUAACCAAAGACCCCCUGCCCCAUGGGGCCAGCUGGGUCAGACCCAACCUCAACAUCCUACCACCUCCGGCCCCAGCGUCAGCCCCCGAUGACAUCCCCGAGGCUGCUGGGGUGUCGCCGCCUAUCCCAGCCCCACCUACGCCACCCCCCAAGGAAGGGCCAGAGGGCAGACCCACCAGACUCUCCCACAAGGGCCGAAACCCCUUCCGCAGGGGACCCCAGAUGCUGUCAGAGAACUGGCUCUUCAGCCCCCGCAACCCCCCACCAGGAGCCCAGGGUGGGGGCCCCGGGGACCCCGACCGGCACUCCAUGUCCCUGCCCCUGCUGCAGGGUCUGUCCUCAGAGUUCGACAGCGACGAAUGAAGCCACGGCGAGAGGGGCAGGGGGCGAGGCCCCCCAGAUCUGACCUAGGGAUUCUGGUCCCCAAUAAACAUCAGCUGCUGCUCCCCCAAAGCCUCCUGGGCCCACGCCGCUUCUUCCCGCGGGGGUCUGGGGAAGGAGGAAAGUCCCAGCUUUUGUCCCUAGCCCACACGCCUCCUCACCCUCGAGAGGCCUAAGAGUACCUU